AUGUACGCGUCGCAGGACGCACCCCAAGUGAAUGGCUCCACAGCCUAUGGAAAGAAUGCUGUGGAAAGCUUAAAAGAAGAAGAAAAGCUAGAAAAUUCAUCGGUGCAGAAGCUCUCAAAAGAGCAUGACCAUGUCCUAAAGACAUUCAGAUUGCUCAUUGCAGACUUCGGAGCCAUUGGAAUGGCUGCAAUUGGUGUUGCUUUGUGGAAAUAUGUCAUGCGAUAUGCACCUCACACCCCAGAUUACUUCAACCGCGAUCGAUUCGUCUUAUCAAAUGGCCAUACAUGUCUCUUUCAGUACACAUUCCUCCAUCUCACAGGAUACAAAGCCAUGAAUUUUGAUCAGCUUAAGUCAUAUCAUUCGGAAAGAGUUGAUGCACUAUGUCCCGGCCAUCCAGAAAUCGAACACGAAGGCAUCGAAGUGACAACCGGCCCGUUGGGCCAAGGUGUAGCAAAUGCAGUCGGUUUGGCUAUGGCAACAAAGAACCUCCAAGACAUAUACAAUAAGCCCGAAUUUGAUGUCGUAUCGAAUCACACGUGGUGUAUGAUUGGAGAUGCGUGUCUUCAAGAAGGAGUGGCCUUGGAAGCCAUUUCCUUUGCUGGGCAUUUGAAGCUGAACAACCUCACCGUUAUAUACGACAAUAACCAAGUUACCUGCGAUGGCUCAGUUGAUCUAACCAAUACUGAGGACGUCAACACCAAAAUGAGGGCAUGUGGUUGGGACGUAAUUGAUGUUGAAGAUGGCUGUUUCGACGUCGAAGGUCUUGUCGAGGCCCUGAACAAGGCACGAUCUUCGACCGACAAGCCCACUUUCAUCAACGUGCGAACAGUCAUCGGUGUUGGCAGUGCGGUCGCUGGUGAUGCCGUUGCUCAUGGAGUAGCUUUCGGUGCAUUUGACGUGGCGAACAUGAAAAAGACAUACGGCUUCAAUCCUGAUGAACACUUUGUCAUCAGUGACGAAGUACGCAAGUUCUUCGAGGAUAUCCCAGCCAGAGGCCAAGAGCUGGUGCGAUCAUGGGAAGAGAAGGUUAAGGAGUAUGAGGCUAAGUAUCCGGAAGAAGGUGCAGACUUCAGGCGUCGAGUAGAAGGCCGUCUUGUCGAAGAUUGGAAGUCCUUGGUACCUGAGAAAUUCCCAGAUGCGCCGACAGCGACGAGAAAGUCAUCUGGACUUGUUUUCAACAUGCUCGCAGAGAAGAUCAACAACUUUAUGGUCGGCACCGCUGACUUGACACCUUCAGUCAAUAUGAUUUGGAAGGGAAAGGUUGACUUCCAGCAUCCCGACUUGAAAACCACAUGCGGUAUCAAUGGCAACUAUAGCGGCCGGUAUAUUCACUAUGGCGUUCGUGAGCAUGCAAUGGCUGCAAUCUCAAACGGCAUUGCAGCAUUUGCGCCAAACACUUUCGUCCCAGUCACCUCUUCAUUUUUCAUGUUUUACCUUUACGCCGCACCGGCAGUCCGCAUGGGCGCUUUGCAGCAACUCCAAGUCAUACACGCAGCAACGCACGACAGUAUCGGGAUGGGUGAAGAUGGCCCAACACAUCAACCUAUUGAACUCGCAAAUCUGUACCGAGCCAUGCCUAAUCUGUUGUACAUUCGACCUGGCGACAGUGAAGAGACGGCUGGAGCAUGGAUCACAGCCAUCAAGGCGAAGAAGACGCCGAGUAUCAUAUCGACAUCGAGACAUGCACUGCCACAGCUGGCCCAAACAAAGAGGGACAUGGUCGGAAAGGGUGCAUACGUACUCGAAGAGGUUGAAAAUGCUGACGUGACACUGAUCGGUAUCGGUGCUGAACUACAUCACGCACUCGAUGUUGCCAAAGAGCUGAGCGCAAAGAAUAUCAAGGCCCGCGUGGUCAGCUUCCCAUGCCAGCGGCUUUUUGAGAACCAGCCGGUUCAAUACAAGCGGGAAACACUCAAGAGACACCUUGGUAUCCCCGCGGUAGUCAUCGAGCCAUUUGCGCCCAACGGCUGGGAGCGAUACGCUGAUGCUGCAUGUUGCAUGAAGAGAUUCGGUCAUAGUCUACCCGGGAAGGCGGCUUACAAGUAUUUUGGUUUCGAUGUUCCUGCGUUGACAAAAAAGGUGGAGAGCUACCUCAAGCAAGUUCGCGACGAUCCGCUACUCAAGGGAGAAUUUGUCGAUUUGUAA